AGCCUCAAGACCACUCUUGGGGACUUAGUUCGAGUCGAGACCCCGAACCUAGAACAGGUCCGCUCCUGCGUGUUCCAAAAAUUCUUGUCUGUCGUGUUCCGUGACCGUCGAUCAUCGGCUCUCAGUAUCCACCUAUUCGUGACUGCAAAACAAUUUGUGUUCUUCUUUGUUCACUGAGUUGGAAGUAAAGCAAAAUCUGUUCAGUGUUCCGGACUUUUGCCUCUGAUUUCAAAUACUUCGCAAAAAGGAGUGAGUGCUUCUCUGGCACUUACGGAAGUUUUAGAUGGCUGUUAGCACACUCAACAUGGCACCGUACUUCACUGGAUAUCCUUUUCAAGGACAAGGAAGAGUGAAUCAACUCGGUGGAGUAUUCAUAAAUGGACGACCACUUCCGAAUCACAUUCGACUAAAAAUCGUCGAAAUGGCAGCCGCUGGUGUGAGGCCAUGCGUCAUUUCUAGACAACUUCGAGUUUCUCAUGGUUGCGUUUCAAAAAUUUUGAAUCGUUACCAAGAAACUGGCUCAAUUAGACCCGGAGUCAUUGGAGGUAGCAAACCUCGAGUAGCUACACCGGAAGUUGAGUCUAAAAUCGAAGAUAUGAAGAGACAAAAUCCAGGAAUGUUCAGCUGGGAAAUACGGGAAAAAUUGAUAAAGGACGGCGUUUGUGACAAGACAUCGGCACCUUCGGUCUCCAGCAUUUCGAGGCUACUCCGUGGUCCAACAAAUCAACUCAAACCCGGUGAUGAUCCUCGCAGAAAUCAUUCAAUUGAUGGUAUUCUCGGUGGUAGUAGUGGUGAUGAUUCCGAUACUGAAAGUGAGCCUGGAAUCGCUCUUAAGAGAAAGCAACGCAGAAGCAGAACAACAUUCACAGGGGAACAGCUUGAGCAGCUCGAAGCUGCUUUUCACCGAACCCAAUAUCCAGAUGUAUAUACGAGAGAAGAACUUGCUCAAAAGACUAAGUUAACAGAAGCGAGAGUUCAGGUCUGGUUUAGCAACCGAAGAGCAAGAUUGCGCAAGCAGAUCAACAGUCAGCAAAUAAAUGCUUUCAAUACCAUGAGCCUCCAGAGUUUCCAGACCCAGCAUUAUGGUAGCAGUGCCGAAAGCUACCAAGGCUAUGGCCAAACGUCUGUCGCUGCUGCAGCAGCCACCCCUACUUAUCCUCAACAUUACAAUUAUAGUGAUAACUACUACACGACCCAGCAACAAUGGCCCAGAUCGACUGCUGAUAACUACGGACUCUUCAACGCCUCCCACUACGGUGGCAGUAACCUGGCCUCGAAUUUGGCCUCCAGCAACCUGAAUUUAGGAAGCCUGGGAGGCAGUGUUAGUCCGACGACAGCUACCAACAUGAGCACAUGUAUGAUUCAGGGUGCCUCUUCGGGGGUUCCCACUUCCGGAAUGGGACACCAUCACGUGACUCCCCACAGUCCAAGUGAAGCCAAAAGUGGAUAUCCCUAUUUGGGAGGUAUAGACUCUCAAGUUUGUGGCAGGGUUCAUUGAAAAUUUUGUCUGAAGUGAAACCACGUUGAUUUCUUUAUGGGGCUCUACAAAUAGUCGCUUUUUUACCCUUAUUAUACUCAGCAUUUUCCCUAGUCACCUUUCGUAGAACCAUUCGAAUUUCGUUCAAAUUAUAAGUUUCUUUUGUGAGAUAAACCAUGUUUUAAAGUAGCCCCUUAUUAAAAUCAAGUAGGAUAUUUUGUAAAUAGUUAUACAUUGUUUUUAAUUAUCCCAUGUCGAAAAAUCCUUAUGUAAAAAGGCUAAAAGCGACGGAUCUCAUUGGUUUUGAACUUUAGAAUUGUUAAUACAAUUCUGAUCAAAAUUCGGAAAAAGUUUCCUCUACUUUUGUACAAAGAUUUUUUAAGCUUAGACCCAGUGAAAAUAAUUUUAAGUAUUUAUAUCGCUGCAUCGCCUGAUAGAUUAGAUUGCUGGCUGCAAGAAAACUAGAAGAGUCUUUCGGAAAUUGUAAUUCCAAUGCUAAAUAAUACAUUGGGUGAAAAAUUGGAAGUUUUUUAAUCUAUUUCCAAGCGUGGCCUUGAUGUUCAACUUUCUUACGAGCCUUAAAACGCCUUAAAUAGAAUUAAUGCUUUAACUCAUGUUUAGAAAACAAUCACCCUUCGAGAUUAUUCUCGAGCCUUUUCAAAUAAGACUGUACAUAUUCAAUGAAUAUUAAGCAAACAUUUCAUUUUUACGACUUUCUUCUGUAUUAUUAACUUCACAGCUGAUAUCCGCGGCUAUUUUUUUACUAAUUUGACUAUAUUUAAUCGGCCAGUUGUAUUGUAAAUAUAGAAAGUAAUUUUAUAUUCGGUGCAUGCAAUGUUUAGCGAAUUUACAUAGUUAUAUUAUGAUCUGUAUGAUUGAAUGUUACGCAAUAAAAACACUUUCGUAAA